AUGCCGGCCGAGCUCUUCUCGGAGAUGACCAUCAGGCCGGUUCCAAGGGAGAUCAAAACGAGCAACACUAGCAGCAGCCGCGAAGAGACCAGACAUAAGCAUUCGAGGUCCUCCUAUUCGGAUGCCUCACCCCUCAUGUCGAGGAACAACUCGCUGACAUUCCGCCCUGCAAAAAGGCCGAUGACGACCCCGGAUAAGACCAUCGCCGUCAUCAAUGCGAGCGGUCGCCAAGCCGCCUCGCUUAUCCGAGUCGCCACAGCUGUGGGCUACCAUGUUCGGGCCCAACUCAGGAAUCUAGAGGGCGUUGUUGCGACCGAGGUGGCAACGAACCCAAACGUAACUGUUCUCCGCGGCGAGCUCUACACCAAGGAGCGUCCGGCCGAGAGAGGGCAGGUGGAUGUGACUAAGAAUGGCCCCAUCUCCGGCAUCGGUGUCAACCACGGCCUGAUAUCCGAGCUAUUUCGUGGCGCCCAGCUCGCCUUCAUCAACACAACAUUUUACGGCGACGAGCAGAAGAUUGGCGAAGCCCUCGCCGAAGCUGCCAAGAGGGCCGGCAUUCAGCACUAUAUCUACUCGUCGAUGCCCGACCACCACGCCUACAAUGAGGACUGGCCCUCUCUACCUCUCUGGACGUCCAAGCACAAGGUCGAGGACUUCGUCCGGAAGCUGAAACUACCUGCCACCUUUGUCUACACGGGAAUCUACAACAACAACUUCACCUCGCUACCCUAUCCUUUAUUCUGCACCGAGCUUCAGCCCGAUGGCUCCUGGAUCUGGCAGGCCCCCUUCCACCCCGACGCUAAGCUCCCCUGGCUCGACGCGGAGCAUGACGUCGGCCCGGCCAUACUACAGAUCUUCAAGGACGGCGUCAAGAAAUGGGGCGGUGGCCGGCGCAUUGCCCUCGCUUACGAGAUGCUCAGCCCGAGGGAAGCCUGCCGCGUCUUCACGAAAGGCGUGGGCCGCCCCCUGCGCUACGUCCGCGGCCCCAUCGAGGUCAAGGUCAAGAUUCCCGAGGGCUACCGGUGCCAGCUCGAGGCGCUUGAAGAGCUCUACCGUCUCGGCAAGGAUGACCCCGCGAAGCAGCCCCCGUACUUUGGAGAUGCAGCGCUCGAAGCGAGCUGCCCAGGCGUGGCUUUGGAGCUGUGGGAAGGCCCCCGUGGGCUUGAGGAGUACGCUAAUGAGGUGUUCCCCCUCGAGGAACAGGCGAAUGGGUUAACAUGGAUGCUCGACGAAGAUGACGGCGGUGGCGGCGGAAGCCAAGAUCAUUCCCAGGCCGCCCUGAGCCCGGCAAGCGAACACCCCGACUCCGAGAGCGAAGACGAUGACGACGGCUUAGUUAUGCGUGGUUUGAAGCGGGAUGACGAGGAAUGGCUUGCAUAA